CUUUCUUCGAAUACUUUCUGUGAUUCACUUGAGAAUCCCCACCCAGAUAACCUCAGAUUAUAUAUAUGCGUAUAGCUCAUGAAAGGUAAUAUUCAGUGCAGAAGUCAGCUAUACAAGAAAAUGACUCAAUCGCUCUUUUGUUUUGUUGUCUUGCUCGUCACAGCGCAUUUAGCACUCUCAUAUUUUCCAGAAGAAUGGGUUGAAAAUUGUAAGAAAGAAAAUGGAUAUGCAGGAGACAUUGGAGAUCUGAACUACACUGAUCCAUCAUCAGUUCCAAGACCAGCAAAGUGUUAUAUGGCCUGCUUCAUGGGAAAGCAGCAAGUGAUGAAGCCUGAUGGAAGCAUUGAUUUUAAGUAUGCAAGGGGGCUUUAUGCUAAAGUCUACAAAGAUGAUGAAAAGAAAAUACAGAUGUUCCACCGGAUCGUUGAUGAAUGUGCCAAAGAAUAUAAAGAAUAUCCUGACAAAUGUGAAACUGCCUUUCAUUAUGUAAAAUGCAAAAGAUUAAAGUAUGCUGCUUACAACCAGUGAACGUCCGAUAUUUUUAUUCUGCCAUCAGAUUUCAGAACUUUAUUACAAUUUCAUAUUAUAAACUUUCAUUUUUAUUAUGAUUUAUAAAUACAAAUUUUAAGCAUUUGUUUUUAUCUUUUUCUUUUAUAAGGAUUUUUUAAAAAAUAUUAUGUCUAAUCUAAUUUUAUCCCAUCAAAUUAUUAUAUCAAUAGAUUGAUCAA